AUGCCCCCACGCGCGUCCGACAAUUCCGACCAGAGGAGCUUCCGAGCCAGCUCUCGCAGAGCAAAGCCAACUCGGCAGAGCCCGGUCGGCGACCGGCCAGCCGCUCCGCCGCCCAUCCAGUCGGGAUGGGCUGAAGACCUCAAGGCAGUGGCGGCGGUUCAGCCAGCGGCGGCGGCGCCGAGCACGAGCAGGCAGCUCAUGCCGGCAAAGGCGGCAGACAAGGAGAAUGUGGACCUCCGCUCGAGCGGCGCCAAGAUCGAAGAUUCCGAUCCCGACAUCUUCCCGACAGUAUAUAUAAUUUCUUCCGACGCGAGGCUCGAGCGUGUGCCAAGGAGCGUGCGCCAGAUCUGCAUUGCGCCUGUCAUCCCGGAUGAGGAGGCCGUGAACGGCCUGUCCUCGUACGGCAAGUACCUCCUGACCAAGGGCGCGCGCCAGAACCACUUUGAGUAUUGCUAUGGCGGCGCCCUUGGCUGUCUGCUCGCGCACCGCAACGCGUGGGAGCAGGUGGUGCGGCGGCCAGAGGCCUAUGGGGUCGUGCUUGAGAACAACGCAGUCGUGGAGGACCUCGGCAUCCUGCAAGCCUUGCAUCGGAGCUGCCUCACGCACGGCACACCGCCAGUUCCUCGAGGCAUAAGCCUCGCGGCUUCAUAUGACCACCCGCAAAGGCACCUGCAAGCGUGGAUUGCGCCGUGGAUCGUCCGGAUGCGGGACCCUGUCGCGUCAACUAAGUGCUACCUGAUCAGCCGGCGGUUUGCCGAGCACAUGCUCAAUUUUGUCGACCGGAUGCUCCGCUUGCAGCAGCUCCCACCCACCCACGUCGAUUUUCUCCUCUGCUUUGAGUGUAUGCACGGCACCACUGGGUUUACCGGCGGCGUCUAUGCCAAGAACGACGUGAUCCGGAUCACGCGCAGCUCUCAGUGCACGACUCCUAGGAUAGCGCACUCCCAGUAUGCGCAGUUCGCCAAGCGCAACUUCACGCGGCUGCUGCCCAAGAAGGUCGACAUCUCAUGGGGUCGAAUGUGA